AUGGCCAACGUUGGCAUGCACAGACAUGUCGGCUUUUAUGUUAGAUUCUUCACAUAUUAUCUCGUCGGAUGCGUGAUCUUUGACGCAUUCAUCGCUCUCAUGCUGCCGAUGGGCAGCAACAUGUGCUCCGCCUUGGCAGAUCCGUACGUCCUGCAAGCAGGCCGCAUCUUUGUUUGCAGCUUCAUCAAUGCUACCUAUGCAUUUUGGGCAAUCGUCUUCAUUUUGUUCGAAGUACAGCUUGUGCGAAAGGUGCACGAGCAAGCUCUGAUCAUAGAGGAGGGCGAAAUUGCGCAGUUGCUGCGCUAUGGGAAAACUGCCGACUUCAAGGCUCUGGAAGCCAGAUGA